UACUAUUAACACCGUAGAAGAACCACUUGAAUAAACCAACCAAUCCCCACCCGUUAUUAUUCUCUCCGGCAAGUUCUCUCUCUCUCUCAUUAACUCAGAGUUGCCGGCGUAAAAUGCACGCCAAAACCGAUUCGGAGGUCACCAGCUUGGCACCGUCGUCGCCGGACCAUAACCGGCGGCCGGUGUACUACGUGCAGAGUCCCUCUCGCGACUCUCACGAUGGGGAGAAGACUACCAUGUCCUUCCACUCCACCCCAGUCCUCAGCCCCACCGGCUCUCCUCCCCACUCCUCCGUCGGCCGACAUUCCCGGGAGUCCUCCUCCACCCGCUUCUCCGGCUCCCUCAAGCCCGGUUCCAGGAAGGUGAACCCUAACGACGCCGGAUCCGGCGGGAAGGGGCAGAAGACGUGGAAGGAGUUCGCUGCGAUCGAGGAGGAAGGGCUUCUCGAAGAGAACGCCUCUCGCAGAUCCCAUCGCCGCUGCUACUAUUUCCUGGCCUUUGUUCUAGGCUUCUUCGUUCUAUUCUCCCUGUUCGCCCUAAUUCUCUGGGGCGCCAGCAAGCCCCAAAAACCUAAAAUCUCCAUGAAGAGUAUCACUUUCGAGAGCUUUGUAAUUCAAGCUGGUUCAGACCAUACCGGAGUGAGCACUGACAUGAUCUCCAUGAAUUCAACUCUGAAGUUUCUGUACCGAAACACCGCUUCAUUUUUCGGCGUCCAUGCUGCUUCCUCGCCAGUUGAUCUCUCCUACUCAGAAAUCAGAAUUGGUUCUGGAACUGUGAAGAAAUUCUAUCAACCAAGAAAGAGCCAGAGGACAGUAGCUGUGUCUGUGGAAGGGAAUAAGAUUCCACUGUACGGGAGUGGAGCAAGUUUGAGCACCAACGCGACGGGAACAAUAACCCAGCCAGUCCCACUGAAGCUGAACAUUGUGGUCGAGUCAAGAGCUUACGUAUUGGGAAAACUUGUGAAGCCCAAGUUCAACAAAAGGAUCGAGUGCUCUAUUGUUCUUGAUGCCGCCAAGCUCAACCGUCCCAUUUCCCUGAAGAGCGCGUGUUCAUACGAGUGACUAUGCCCGGGUGAAGUUUUCUUUUCCUCUCUUUAUUUACAGAAAAUGGCAAUGGUGUAUGAAUGAUUCAGGGCGGGUAAGUGUGUGGCGGCGGGUAUUUGGAAAUUUCCGGCAAACUCGGUUGUGCCGCCUCACCAUUGCCAUUGAUGGUUGGAAAUACAGCCCGGUUGAAGUUGGGUGUGAGUUGCUACAAGUAGAGUUAUUAUUAUAAAUAUGAUAUUCAUACCAGCACCUAUUACGGUGAUAUUUCGUUCAUAUUUGUAAUAUACUAAGUAUAUAUGUACUCCGUGUACCGCCAAUUUCUUGUAGUAUAAUGUGACAUUAUUUUAAUCAUAAAUGAAUAACUUUCCU